AUGGCUUCUAAGCACCUAUCGGGAAAGAUUCAGUCGCGGAAGGCCAAAACUCAGAUAGCGGAGCUGAAAGUGAAUGGUGCGGUAAUCGCAGACACCAAGGGGAUUCUAGGAGCGGCUGCGGAGUUCUUCUCUGGCAUCUUCGGGAAGGAUCGCAGGCAGUGUUCAAGGAAGUGGGUUCCGACAACGGGCAGGAAACUCUCAUGGGAUGCUGCCAGGGAGCUGGAGGCGGACUGGACGGAGGAGGAAGUCAAGGAGGCUUUCAAGGCGAUGGCGGCGAGGAAGUUGUCGGAUGCGGUGGCGUUAGUCACGGAUGUUAUCGAUGUGGCGAAACACGGCAGCAAGAACUGGUACCUUCUGCUUGUCAAUUUUCAGAAGACUUUUGACUCUGUCUCGCACGUCUUCAUCUUCAUGGUGCUGCGAAACAUGGGGUUCCCGGAGCGGUUUGUCGCUUGGGUGGAAGGCCUGCACGAGGGGACAACGACGAAGCCGUUAAUCAACGGCUGGCUGAGCGAGGGAAUACAAGUGCGGUCGGAAGUUAGGCAGGGGUGCCCUCUUGCACCUUACAUAUUCCUCUGCGCCGUGGAGCCGUUGGCACAGUUGGCGGAAAAAAGGAAGCUGGGGCUCAGCCUGGCGGGGCAGAGACUAGCGUACCUGGGCUAUGCUGACGACACUACGCUCGUCCUGCAAGGGAAAUGUCAAAUCAAGAAAGCGGUGAGGGCGCUCGCUAAGUUUGCGAAAGAGUCCGGCCUGGCGAUGAACAAGGGGAAAUCGGUCGUGAUGCCGCUGGGUGUGAACCUUACCUCCAACCCGAUUGCAUCAGACGGUUUCAAAUGGGCAGCGGCGGAUGAAGCAGAGCAUCUUCUGGGGGUCUGGAUCACGCCAAACGGUAGCUGCAGACCAACAUGGGAGAAGGCGUUAGAGGAUAUUACGGGGAAGCUGCAGAAAUGGCACGAGAAGUACCUUACAAAAACGGCCAGAGGAGCGGUGGUGAAUAACUAUAUCUCUCCAAAGAUCUCGUUCCUGGCUCAGGUGUAUCCCCCGCCGGAUGACAUCUGGCUGGAGAUCGACAGAUCUCUGCACAACUUUGUCUCGGCCAAUUGUCCAACCUCGGCGAAAGGCUUCAUCCUCUGGCGUCGGGAGCUGGUGUACCUGCCAAGGGAUCUGGGGGGGCUUGGAGUGCGGGACCCGGGCAUCCUAUUAGCAUGUCUCUCUGCGAGACGCGCGGCGAUGCUCGCUACGGAGACGAACCUGCUGAAAAAAGACAUAAUCAUAAAGGCGGCGGAACUACCGAUGGGGUUAGACUCGUUUACGGCCCACAGAAACCGCAUACGCUAUUGGAAAGGCCAUGGGACGAGGUGGAAAAUGAUCUGCGAGACCAUCCUGAUGUCGCCGCUGGGGGAACGGCCACUGGCAGAGGAAGCAGGGGAUGUGGCGCGGGAACCGCUACUAUUCAACCGCCGCAUCCUGCCUAACGGAAAGACACCACUGGGAGGGCAGAUAGCAGCAGCUCGGCUUAAAGAUUGGAACAUGGGGAAGUUGAGAUGCACGAGGGCGGACGGGGCCCAAAUUUUCAAGACAUUGGAGCAGCUAAAAACGGAGUUGGAAGAGAUAGCACCGGCUAGACUGGCGCUCAAGGCGCUUGAGGCUGCACCGGAGGAGUGGAAGAAAGUGUUGGUGGCAGCUGGAGGCAUUAGCUCGGCUGCCUCGCAGCAGCAACAGCUACCGUAUGUCUCGAGCGAGGGGAUUUUUUCACUGAAGCAGAUGAGGAGGUUUUGGGGGUCGGGCCAGGCCUCCAACAAGCAGGAGAAGUGGGCGAGCAGAUGGGGCACUCAAAUAGACUGGAGGAAGGUCAUUGCCAUCAGGGACUCUCGGGUGGUUCCUAACCGCCCACGCAGUAUUCUGCUGAGGAUCCACGGCCUCAAUCUCCAGGUGGGAGAGAGGGUGACCUUCCUUUGCUGCAAGCUGGUCUGCCCGUACUGUAGCGAGGAGGAAACCCUAGAGCAUUGUCUCUCCACUUGCCCGGCCAUCCAAGUGGUCUCCACGGCGAUCAUGCAGGCUCUGCGUAUGAUAAAUCCAGCCCGCCGCAUCUCCUCGCUAGGGGACAUGCUCUUCAAGCGUGCUCGCUCAGACUCAGCUUUUCCGGAAGCAACUCUGACUGCGAUUGGUUUACACCAGAUCUAG